AUGGCCACCAACCAGUCGGCGACGCCUGGUUUCUGGAGGUAUCUGAUCAAUCCAGACAAGAGCGCAUCACCGCAACUUGAAACUCUAUGUCUAGGGCUCGCCAAAAUUAUUUCAACCUUCGAACCCGGGCCCCCCGAUGGCGAACUCACGCCGCAACGUCUGGCUGCUUUCUACAGAGCCGUGGGCGGCAACUAUGACUCCCUUUUCCUCAGGACCUCCGACCACGCCCUCUCUUUCAUGUACCAAACACUUGGGUGUUUUCACAGCCUCCAACCCACCUCCAGCCCUUUUGAAACGCCCAGAAUUCCAUGUCUAACUCCGACCGGCUUCGCGCGUUGGCAAACCAUCCAGAUACUUCUCUGUCCUGACGAAAACGUCGGCUUUAUGCAAAAAGCUGUACAGAGGUGGAAUGUUCUCAUGCCCACUGGCGGGACAUUUCCAAACUAUAUCCCCAAGGAGGUCUUCCCCGACAGACCCGAUGCAGAGAUGGAAAGAUGGCACAAGAUGGUUACCGGCCAAUUGAACCAAAAGAACUAUAACAUGCGGCGCAUUAAGAAUUCUCCUCAAUCUCCACAUCCUGAGGCUUCCGAUCGACGAGAUGGAUAUUUCUCUAACGGUCAGCUGGGCAGACCUGCUCGACCUUCGCGAAGCAGCUCCCGCGACGAUCAAGUUCACGUGGAUCUCUAUCGGAGACGAAGCAGCGUUCCCGAUUUUCCAUCACCUUCGGGGGAGAGAGGUUCACAUUGGGACCCAAGAAAUCACCAUGAGGCACGGAAAACCCGAAGCCAUUCUGCCCAGCGACCACCACUUCAACCAGGUCGUCAGCGGUCUCACACCAGCUCAGGGCCCCCAUCGGGUCGUUCUUAUAAGGGCCCAUCGAAUAGCCCGCCUUCAAAGCAAAGGAGGGAUGGGCCCUCAACAGACCAAUACGGGAAACGAUUAUCCGCUCAUAACAUUCACUACCGGUCUCCCGCACGCACUCCUUCAACCGUGGAUGAAGACACAGGGAGUGAAGCCAGCUCGGAAACCUCUCAAAGGGACCGCCGGCAUCGCACUUCCGACGAAGAUCGAAGAAGCCGACGUUCUUCCUUAUGGGUGCCCCCAUUUAUGAGGUCACACAAACGUCGUCAUUCAUCUGAUGCGAGUUACCGUACUCCUGGAGGUAAACCGCCACAGCCUCUGCGGCCUGAGUACUACCCCCCGCGUGCAAUCAAUUCUCCUCCACAGCUGCAGCAACCGUCUCACCGAGGAAGCGGCGCUCCUCAAUAUCGUGACACAGUCUGGGAUAGUGAUCCCGUCAACUCAACACCUGCAACACCGACCCUGGCACAAGCACAGGCACAGGCUGACCCGCGUGCUCCAACUAUCCGUUAUCCAGACCAGAGUAACUUGGAACCAUUGACGAGAGAAAGCAGUGGUAGUGGUACAGAGCAAAGACAUCGUUCAUCGGACUGGGAGAGAGGAGGUGCACAGAGACGGCAAGGUCCAGGCGCACCAUCCAGAGUUGCCACCCUGACGGGAGUCCAUGGAAGAAAAUAUCCCACUGCCGACCCUCUGAGUCCGAUUGAACGCCAACGAAGUCAUGCUUCUUCCCGUGGUGGUGUUCCGGCUAUGGUCUGA